AUGUGGCCCUUUGGCAACAGCAAUAACCCGGACAAGCCGGCGCCGCCCAAGCAGUCUCCUUCAGAAACCAGCCCUAUACAAGACAAGGUGGAGAAGAAAGUUGUCGAUGUCAAGAAUGCCGUUCAUGACGAGCUCAACCCCCAGAAGCUGCCUGCGCGAAGAAAGCUGCCCGACGGUCUCCAGAAGUUAGUCGACAAGACUGACAAGGAAGAAUUUUAUGAUGAUCUCUACGAGGGCUACAUGCCUCCCUCGACCGAGUCCAACGUCCGUUACGCCGCCUACGCCUCCCGCUUCCGCACCAUUCUCCUCUCCGCCCACCGCUACGUCGCCUACACCUCCGAUAUCGGGGAGUCCUUCCGCCCCGUCGCGCACCCGUGGCUCGUUCGUGGUGCCUACGGCGUCUCGUGGGCGUACAUCCUGGGCGACGUCAGCUACGAAGGAUACAAGGCAUACUGGCACAACCGGCGGGUGCUGGACCCCAACGUCGAGCUGACAUCGCGCCAGAAGCGCAUUCUCGGCUUGAUCGAUGAAAACGGCACCAAGAAGAUGGAAGACGACAAGCCGACGCCCGGCAAAAUCACGCCGCUGGAGGACUACCGGACCGUGAUGCUGCAGCGCCUCAUCUUCCAGAGCGUGGCCAGUAUGGGACUGCCUGCGUUUACGAUUCACAGCGUGGUGCGGUACAGCGGGCGCGCGAUGAAGAACGUCAAGAACCAGACGAUCCGGACCUGGGGUCCCAUUGGUCUCGGUCUGUCGGUCGUUCCCUUCCUGCCUACUUUGUUCGACAAGCCAGUUGAGAAUGCGGUCGAAUGGGUGUUCCAUAAGGCCUUUGAGACAUUUGGCGGCAAGGAGGCUGUUGGGCAUGCGCCACUUAUCGGAAGAGAAAAGACGCUGAGUGAGAAGCCUACUCCUCACAAGGAGAAGAACGAGUAAGCGGAAUAGAGAGAUGAUGGAGAGAACAUGGGCUGGCCAAAGAUGUAUGAAGGGAUUGUUCCCAUGCGCUCUUGAAGUGUAUUAUAGGUACUCUACAUUCACAUGCUCACUAUUGAAUAAAUUACGGAAAGAUUGACAAGUUGC